AUGACAAUUGCUCUACAGGACGGCUCGGAUCCGGACCCACCAUUUUGGGCAAAGCUCCUGAAGCUGUUCAUCAAGGGUGAAUUUUAUGAGGCAUUGGUUCCGAAUCCCUUCCAAGGAAAAGCAGUUGGAAUGUUUGGCGACGUGGGAUUUGAAGACUCGAAUUUAGACACCCUCCUACUCGCUGAUGGUGCCAUGGCUUCGGAGAAUCUACCUCUCUUCCCUUUGAUACAGCCAGCCAGAAAUGUAGACAUCAUACUGGCUAUAGACUCGACCGUUAAUGGACACUCAUUUGAAAAUCCAAACGUCCAUGGUUAUCCAAAUGGCACUACCUUAUACUUAACUUCUCUCAAACUGCAAGACCCAAACUACCAAGGUUACGCAUUCCCAAAAGUACCCAACGCAAUGGAUGGCAGCUUUACCUCUGCUGGAUAUGAUAGAAGACCGACACUGUUCGGAUGUGAGGAUCCCAACGCACCCCUGAUACUCUACCUUCCCAACCAUUUUGUAUCAGCACAAACAGACAUGCCAACCAUGCAAACGGACUACACUUGGCAAGAGAUUGAUGGAUUCUUUCAAAACGGUUUCCAUAUUGCAACUCAAUCCAACUCGUCAUAUGUUGAUCCUGAAUGGCCUGCAUGUUUGGCUUGUGCAAUGAUCGAAAAGCAAAGGAUUCGAAAUUCACAAGCCCGAACCGGCCAAUGCUCUGCUUGCUUCAGUCGAUACUGUGCUAAAUGA